AUGCCGUCAGAAGAAACGACACAUCGAAGUCCAGCAGAAGAACUUGAAGAAUUAGAUGCGAAGAAACUGCGUCAGGACUGCAUAAACAUUAUGCCGAAUGGGAAUUCAAAUGAGGAUGGAGAAGCUUACAAAUUGGAUCGCCUUCAGAAUCUUGUCAGUCGGAUUUUCAGUGGUGAAAAUGACAUCUGUUUGAAGUCUUUGGUAGAAUCAACUGAUGCAUCAACUUUUAGUAGCGAUGUUGAUUUAUCAGUCGUAAUUGAUGAUAUUUUCAUGCGAUCAUUAUGUAACAUGCACAAAAGCAACAUGCAGGUCAUGAAUACAAGUAGAAUGCUGGGAAAACAACUUGGCGAACCGCUGUUUGAUUUACCUCUAGCUUUGCCAGAAAUGGCUUUGCAUUAUCUUAUUACAACAAAUGAAAAAUUGUCUACUGAAGGGCAAAAUCAGUUUUUGAUGGAUCACGAGCGAUCCGUGAUCUCAGUCAUUCAAAAAAGACUUUUUGCUCAAACGUCUUUUCUUCUUCGUGGUUUCUAUGGUGAAAAAUUCACAGCAGAAGAUAUGAUAGCAGUCUUUGUUCGAAUGUUUUAUCAGCAGCAAAUGCCAGAAACUUUUGCCUGCAAUUUAAUAGCUUACUGUUCAGAUGAAGAUAUGGACCAUAGUGCACUUUCUGAGAUUUUCAAUCCUAUUUUGGACUGUGCGCAAAAGUCGAUGAGUUACCAGCAAAUGUCGAAUAAGUGCAACAGGGAAGUGGCUAUUUAUCCGUAUUCUCUAUUGAAAUUCCUUGUAGGUGUCAAGACUUCAUCCAAUAAAAGACCUAUUGCAGAUUUGCUGGUUUCACGGACAGAUUUCAUAUCAGAAGUAUACAGCGUUCUUGAAGGCCAUGAUUUUGCAAGGCUGUGUUAUUUGGGACCAUUCUUUGAAUAUAGCACAGCUCCGGCUGAUAAUGGAAGCUUGUCUGUUUAUAUGCCAUUUUUCGACUGCUCUCAACUUCCGGAAGAUGAACAAAAACCAAUGUUAUAUAACGUUUACCAGAAUGAUUUAACUCUUGUGAGGCGUCAUUUGCAUCAAAUAUUGCAUCAGUUGUUAGCAAAUACUUCGAGUCGUAACAGAACGUUGGAUUUCAUUACUCGCGUAUUAUCGGUUAAUAUUAAAAGGAGGCAGAUGAAUCCAGACCAUUCAAAAUUAUCAUCGGAUGGCUUCAUGCUGAAUUUCUUUGAUGUAAUGCUGAGUUUGGUUGAAAAAGUGACAUUUGAUAAGGUGAAUACAUAUUAUAUGUUCCAUCCGAAAUGCAGAAUUGAUUUUUCGAGUGAAACACGGUUAAAAUUGGAUUUGGAGCAAACAAAGGCCUUCACAGAAAUGAUAGAUACCAAUUUCGAGAUCAAAUUCCCCACGGAAUGUUUCUUUUUAACUUUGCAAGCACAACAUCUGUCAAUAUCAGCAGCAAUUGGACAAUUAAAGUAUUUGAAGAGGAAUUUGCAUGAAAUUGAACUUGGUUUAGCUGAACUUAAAGUACAGUUACGCAGAUUAUUCGCACUUCAAGUAAGAGAAAAAGCAAUGAUUGAAGCAAAACUGGAGCGAGCCAAUAUUUUUCGUACGAGACUCAUUCGGAGCAUUAUGUGUUUGGAAGCGGCACUGUACGAUCCGGUGUUUCUUCAUCGAGCUCUGGAAUUCUGCAGUCGUCAGCUUACUUUCCUCAUCAACAUUAUUAACCCCAAUUUCAUUAACGAUGGUUUACUUCCUCCCGUAGCACCAGAUUUGUUUGGAGUCAUGCCGGAAUUCUUUUUGGAAAACUCUCUCGACUUCAUUGUUUUUCUGCUGAAGAAUAAUCCAGUUAUACUUCUGGAAAGUCGAUUGGACUUGCCUGAGCAGCUGCUUGUAUUUAUUUGCAGCACUCAUUAUUUUAACAAUAAAUUUCUCGCAGCAAAGAUAGUGGAAGUUCUAUUCAUGGUCUGUCCUGCAAUUUUACCUGCCGCAUAUCAGUUCCAUCUUUCUGUCAUUAAUUCUCCACUAGCCAUUGAUCGACUCUUUCCUAGCCUUGUUAAAUUUUAUGCAGAUGUGGAGUCAACAGGAGCAAGCACAGAAUUCUAUGAUAAAUUUAAUAUUAGACGAUCAAUUCAAGUAAUAUUUCGUUCCCUUUGGGAAAGUACAAUCUACAGAAGUAAUAUUACUUCUUACGCAAGAGAAUGUUCACCAGAUUUUAUUCGUUUUGUCAAUAUGGUUAUUAAUGAUGCAACAUAUCUAUUAGAUGAAUCAUUGCUUGCAUUGAAAAAAAUACACGACAUUGAAUCACUGAAGGAAAGCAGUGAAUGGUCCAAUUUGGGAGAUGAAGAACGUCAAAUGAAAGAAGAUGCAUUAUUGGAAGCAAAGCGAGGUGUACGGAACUGGUUAAUACUUGGACGUGAUACACUAGAUCUUUUUACAUAUUUAACUGCUGAUGCACCUGAACCGUUUUAUGAGCCGCUGCUGGGCGAACGAUUAGCUUCAAUGUUGGAUUACAAUGUUUCACAAUUAUGUGGUCCAAAAUGUACAGAACUGAAAGUGCGUGACGCAGUACGUCGGUUUAUGUGGGAGCCACGAGCUUUACUACAACAAAUAGUAAAUGUGUAUUUGAAUUUGUCCUCAGAAAAAUUUGCAGAAUGCAUUGCUAAUGAUGAGCGUUCGUAUUCGCCAGACGUAUUUUCAAUGGUGCUUUCGCGGUUAACUGCUAAUAACAUUGUACCUAUAAAUGAGAUAGAGCUCUUGAAAAAUCUUGCCGAUAUGACGCAGCGAAUCUGGAAGCAGAAAGCUCAAAAUGAAGAAGAUUUCGGAGAUGAUGUUCCAGAUGAUUUUAGAGAUCCGGUAAUGAAUACACUAAUGACUGAUCCUGUAAUUCUGCCAUCGGGACAUAAAAUGGAUCGAAAGCAUAUUAUGCGUCAUUUGCUCAGUUCUCAAACAGAUCCAUUUACUCGGCAACCAUUGAGCGAAACUCAGCUCGUAUCUGAUGAUGCUUUAAAAACAAAAAUUCGGGCAUGGAUAAAGGAAAAGCUGGCGUCAAAAUCAAAAUGA